AUGUCACCUAAAGAUUUUGUUGAUGUUAUUUCGAAUUACUUUUAUUCAAUACAAAUGGACAAUGAACGUGAAGAAGCCGAUGAAAUUGAUUUAACAAUUAUUCAACGUACAUCAUCAAUAGAUUCACUUGAACAAAAUGAAUCAAAUAUACAAAAUCUUCGUUUUAUUAGUGGUUGUCAUAAAUGGAUAAAUACAAAUAAUAAUAAUAAUAUUCGUGUAGAAAAAUCAUAUAUGAUUAAUAAUGAUACUGAUGAUUCAAUUCAUGAUAAAACAUUUUUAAUAAUGAAUAAAAAUAAAAAUGAUAUUGAAGAUGAUGCAAAUACUUGUAAUACAAAUCAAAUGGAUGUAUCACUCAAUCAUUUUGAUGUACAGUUACAAGUUAAUAAUGGUCAACAUGAACAAGCAACUCGUUAUGGUGUUUUUUCAUCAUUAUUAUCCAAAGAUUUAAAUUUAAUUAAAAUAGAUCAAUAUUCACAAACAAUUGAACCUGAAAUGGAUAUGGAUGAUAGAAAUGGAAAUAAUAAUAAUAAUUAUUAUUCGAAACAAUAUAAUGGAAAUAAUAGUACAAAUAAUAAUAACAAUAAUGAUGAUGGUUCAUAUCGAAGAAAUCAUCAAACAAAUGGAUCAUCAGGAAAUGGUGGAAAUGGAAAUGCUGAUGGAAAUGGUUCAAAUCCAAAUCGAAAUAAUAAUAAUAAUCCAAGACGACCUAAUGGUAAUGGUAAUGGUAAUGGAGACAAUGAAGAUGACGAAGAAAAUAAUGAAACAGAUGAAAGUUUAGCUCGUCGAUUAGGUUUUCGACCAAUUGAUAAUGAUAUAAUACGCUUAAUAGGUCGUAUACGUCGUUUAACAAAUAAACAAUCAUUUGAUCAUCAAGAUUUUGAAAAUGUUCAAUAUUUAAUUGAUGAAUUAAUACGUUUACAACAUUUAGAAAAUAGUUCACAAGAACAUUUAGAACAAAUUAUUCAUUAUCUUAAACUUUAUCGUAUAUUACGUUCAAAAUCUCAUGCAUUACAAUUUAUACAAGAUCGUUUACCACGAUGUACAAAUCGAUCUAAUAAUGAUAAUAAUUCAAAUGUAUUUGAUAUAUGGCGUGAACGAGAACGACGUGCACGACUUGAUUCAAAAGAUAGUUUAGAAGACGAAGGACAAAAUACAAAUGGACAACAAUCACAUGAUAAAGUCGAAUUCAAUUAUUCAACAUCACCAAUAAUUCAUUCAAAUAAUUUUAAUAGUAAAUCAAAAGUUAAACAAAUGGCAAGACAUAUUGAUACAAGAUCAGGAUCAUCACGUACAGGAGAUUAUGUACGACAUUCAUCACCAUCACCAAUAAAUCAAAAUUUGGCUUCUGAUCGUUUAUAUAGUGAAACAUUUACUGACGAUCGUUCACGAACGAGAAGACAAGUAUCACCAAUAUCAUCAUCGGAACAACGUCGUGUACGACAAAUGGUUGAUCGUCUUGAAUCUUCAUCAGCAUCAUCAGCACAUCCAAAAGUAGCAAAAACAAUAUCAGCAAAUAAAUCUUAUUAUGAAGAACAUUCAAAUACGCCAACAAAUUUUACAUCAUCACCAAAUUAUAGACGAACAACAAGACGAGAAAAUGAAGAAUGUUCUUUUACAGAUGGAAAUCGUGGAAGUGUACGUUUUCGUGAUACAAGUCCAUAUGAAGAAGUUCAUGUUCGAGAUAAUAAUUCAAAUAUGAGAAGAUUUGAAUAUGGUUAUAACGAAGCUUUAAAUUCAGGACGGCAUACUACUAGUGGUACACAUAUGAACGAAUAUGUAAAUUCAACUAUUCCGGAUGCUGAAACAUCUGUUUCAAUGGUUCGUGAUUUUCGUACUCGUUUUUAUGACGAUGAUUUAAUUCUAUCACGUACUCAAAAUGAUAAUAUUCCAGUUAAAGUUGAUGUUGAAACAUUGUAUAUAUUAGAACAAAAAUCUGUACCACCAAAUACUAAUAUUUAUACACCUGAUUAUGGAUACAAUCGUUCAUCAACAUUGGAUCGACAUGAUUUUGCUGCCCAAACAACAAUACCAACAAUAAAUCAAAGGCCAUCUAAUCGACCAAUAGGUACACAAGUUAAUACAACUGUUGAACAAAAUACAGUUUCAGCACAAACAACAGAUUCAUUACAUCGACCAAUAAGAGAACGACAAUGUAUAACAACAAUAGCAUCUGUUGAAGAUGAUGAAGACAGUGAAAUUAUUCGAAAAAAAACAACAACAACAACAACAAAAUAUGAAGUUAAACGUCGUCAUUCAAGUCAUCAUUCAAGUGACGAUGAAGAUGAUGCUGGUACAACUACAAUUGUUUAUACUGAUGAUAAAGAAAAUUAUCAAGCAAUAACUCAACCACCACCACCUCCUCCUCCUCCACCAAUGGAGGAGGAAAGACAUGAUCUUUCUGAACAACGUACAUCAUAUGUUGAAGUUACAUCACAUGAACGUACUGAUGAAACAAGUGAUACAAAUCGAAAUCUUGUUCGUCGUCAUAUUGAACAAAGUGAUUAUAGUGAAGAUGAAUAUCAUUCAUCAGAAGUUUAUGAAAUUCAUACUCGUGGUGCAUGUAAAUGUCUUGUUGUAUCUUAUGAAGAAAAACCUCAAUAUGGUGCUGAAACACGUUUUGAAAAACAACUUCAACGUAUUGAACGUACAUAUACCGAAGAAGAAUUAAGAUCAACUGAAUUACAUGUUAUUGUUACAGCAUCAGAUGAAAAUUAUCAAUUAGUUCGACGUGAAUAUACAUCAAAUAGAUAUGAUGGUGAAGAAAGAAUAUAUGAUAAAACAAGAUAUCCAUCUAUAACAAUACAUUAUUAUACAAAAGAUGGAAUUCGAACGAGAACAGAACAACGUCGAUCUCUUGAAAAUUUACCUUUAUUUAUUCGUUGUGAAAUUGAAUAUGAACUUAAUCAUUAUGGUAGUGCACAAUUAGUAAUUUUAUCUGUAACAAAUGCUGAACGUCGUCAAGCAAAUAUAUCAAUAAAAAAAGAAAUCGUUGAUGAAACAAUAUUACAUCUUAAUGGUCGUUUACCACCAAAUAGUCCUGAAUUAGAAAAUGAAAUAUCUCGACAAUUAACUGAACCAAUAUCAUUAUUACAUCUUGUUGAUUAUUCAUCACGUGAUGAUUAUAAUCAAACAAAUUCAACUGAUUUACGUCGUGUAUCACGUACUGAUGUCAUAACAUCAUUACGUAUUGUUCAACGUUAUCGUACUAUUAUACAUCGUCUUUGUCAAUUAUAUCGUUCACAUCUACGUUUAACACCUCAAGCUGAACAACAACGUUAUUUAAUAUUAGUUGCACGUGAUGAUUAUUAUUUAUUAGAUUUAGCAGCACAAACAACUGAUAUAUCAACAAAUAAACAUGAUAUUCAACAACAAGAAGUAUUUCAACGUGAAAUUUAUCAUGUUCCACAAGAAGUAUUUCAACCUGAAGUUCAUCAUGUUCCACAAGAAGUAUUUCAACGUGAAAUUCAUCAUGUUCCACAAGCACCAUUUGAUUAUGCUAAAUAUCGUCGUGAUAUUGAACAACAACAACGUAUACUUGAGCAACAUUAUCGUAGAAUGCAAACUGUUCCACAACAACAACCAGAACCUACAUCCGAAGCCGAAUUUUAUCUUGGUUCUGGACGUCGUGCAUUAAUUGAACGUGAAAUUCAUUCUAUGCGUGGAGCAAUACGACCACAUGAACAUGCACCACCACGUUAUAAACAUGAACCUUCACGUCGUUCAUUAUCAAUUAGUUAUACAGGUGGACAACGUUAUGUACGUGCACGUAUUAUUCAUGUUAAAGAUUUUUAUGAUGCAAAUCAACAAGAACAAGAACAAUUACAAGAACCACAAAAUGCAAAAGAACAAGAAUUAUUUGUUCGUGUUGAUGAUUAUGUUAAUGAAUCAGCAGCAAAUACUUUACGUCGUUCAUAUUCUACUGAUUAUUUACAAGAAGAUGGACCACGUUCAAGAAUUCGAUAUAUGCGUAUACCAGGAGAAACAAUUAGAAUUGAAGAAAAAACGACCUAUGAAUAUAAUGGAGUUAUGUAUGCUGAUUUACCUUAUGCAUUAAAAUAUUGGAAUAUACUUUAUAUCCUUGAUCGUGAAGCUCGUGAAGGUCGUCCACUUGGUUCAUCAUUGCCACAUGUUAUUGUCAAUGAUCCAUAUCGAACAGUUAUACCUCCAUUAACUCAACAAGAAAUUCGUGCAACAGCACAACAAGUACUUUCACCACAAUAUUAUCCACGAUCACAUACAGAUCGAACAUUACGUUGGUUUUUAUCACGUGAUAAACGUACUGAAAUUGAAUCUGCUAAAUAUUUACAAGCAUUAAAUCGUUAUCGUCAACAAAAACAACAAUAUGAACAGCAACUACACCAAAAACCACCACCACCACCACCACAGCCACACUAUCAACAACAACAAUAUGAACAACAACUACUACUGCAACAACAACAACAACAGCAACAAUAUCAACAACAACUACUGUUGCAACAACAAAAACAACAAGAGCAGCUUUACCAACAACAAUUACAACAGCAACAAUAUCAACAACAAUUAUUACAACAGCAACAAUAUCAACAACAACUAUUACAGCAGCAACAAUAUCAACAACCAGUAAUACAACAGCAACAAUGUCAACAAACAAUAAUACAACAGCAACCAUAUCAACAACCAAUAAUACAACAGCAACAAUAUCAGCCACCAAUAAUACAACAACAAUAUGAACAACAAUUACUACAACAGCAACAAUACGAACAACCAAUAAUACAACAGCAACCAUAUGAACAACAACUACUACUACAACAACAACAGCGACAAUAUGAACAACAAUUAUUACAACAGCAACAAUAUGAAAAAGAACUACUACUACAACAAAGACGUCAACAAUAUCAUCAACAACAACAACCUAAUGUUCAUAUUUGUGAUGGAAAAAUAGGUGUUGCAAAGAAAUAUUAUGUUACUGAAAAACUUGUUCAUUAUAAAAAAAUGCCUGAUCGUUUUGUACCGGUAGUAGUUACUGAUCGAGCACAAUCAAUCGAUAAUAUUCAUCAUCGAUCACCAUCAACAACUCCAACUGUUAAAGAAUCUUUUCAUUCACAAAAACAAUUACAUCGCUCACAAAAUGAAGUACAUCGUUCAAAAUCUCAACCACGUCAUCAAUACCAAUCUUCACCAUUAACAUUUACAUCGGAUGUUCGAACACAAUUGCCAUCAACGUAUGCACCAUUAUCACGACAUCAUUCAGUUCAUGAAUUACAUGUUACAACAGCAUCAUCUCGUGGACCAUCACCAUCACCAUCACUUCAUAGUUUACAUAGUAAUUAUCAACCUCAACAUCAUCGACGACCAGUUGCAUUUAAUAAUCGUUAUCAAACACGACCUUCAACACAACGAUCAAUGCAGCAGCAACAACAACAAAAUACAUUAUUCACAGAAAUAAUUGAUAGUGGCACAGGUGAAAGAAUUUUAACGACCAGUCAACAACAAUUACCAACUGAAUUAUUAGGUCUUUUAAAUAAAUAUAAUUUACAAUAA